CUUUCUCCCUUCAACUCCAAACAUAAGAACUCUCUGCCUUAAAACUCCUCACCAUCUCCCUCACCUCCCACAUAUCAAAUGGCGACAGGUAGGUUCUGCGUCAGCUUUGCAGCCAUCCUCAUGGCCAUGCUAUGGAUGGGCGCCUCGGCUCAAUCGAGCAGCUGCACGUCCGCCCUCGUUAACUUGUCUCCCUGCCUGAACUACAUAACCGGCAAUGAGUCAACGCCAUCAAGCUCCUGCUGCUCGCAGCUUGCCUCCGUAGUCCAGUCGGAACCACAGUGCCUGUGCACGGUCCUCAAUGGGGGAGCCUCGUCGCUUGGGAUCGCCAUCAACCAGACGCAGGCUCUAGCCCUUCCUGGUGCCUGCAACGUUCAAACUCCACCAGUUAGCCGGUGCAAUGCUAUUGGCGGACCGGCUGGCUCCCCAACUUCACCGUCGGUGCCAACCGUUCCUUCAGGUGGUGGAUCCAAGGAUGUUCCAGCAACAGGCACUGAUUUUUCAGAUGGGGCUGCUGUCAAAAUACCAGUGUCUAGCAUGCUCUCGCUUCUCUUCGCUGCGGCAUACCUUUCCGCAUCUUAAUUCUUACACCAAUUUCUAAGACGUUCUGUUAGUCUCUAGAAUAGGGAGCUCUGUUUUUCCAAUAGAUUAUAAGCAUGGAUGGUACAUGAUGUAUGGUUGAUACUCUAUUCUUUGGUUCUGUUUUUGUGAUUGAUGUGUACCCUAUUUGAGAAUAUUUGAGUUUGCACUGCAUAAUAAAAAGAGAUAUCUUUGUAUUUA